AUGCGUCGUGCUCGGAAACCAAAUGACUAUAUCGAAGCCGAGAGUCAGGUCUCUCCAACAUAUGGUAGGGAACCAAAAUUUCAACUUCCCAAAAGAAAAACCUUAACCAAUGACCGAGCAGAUGACGAAACUGAAUCCUCGUAUUGUGACAGCUCUGGGAGUUCCGCAGUGCCUGAUGACUCCGUGGAAUACAUGAAAACACCAUCGCCACAAACACUCACUAUGCAGCCAUCACGGUUGAGCGCAAGAUACAAUCGAGCUAGGCGUCUCCGAAGGCGCCGUUUUAUUGAAUCAAGCUCAGACCUCAACCUCUCACCUUCUCCUUGCCCUCGGAUGCGCAGUCCAGAUGGAAGUUCGUUCAUGGUGUAUGGUGGUUCCCUUUCAGGUAGACUAGAAAGUGCUAUCUUGGCUCUCGAUCAGUUGAAGAGUUGUCUACAAGGUGUUAAGCUGGAUAUCGACCAGGACGAUGGAGAAGCUGGCGAGUACUGA